AAAAGCUGCUGUUUUAUGGUCAAGUCGUGCUACUACCGUUAUCAACCAGCUACGGGCAUCAGUAGGAGACCACAGUAUUGCCAUCAGGGUUUUGACCCACCGCAUCAAAGCGAUACACGCACUAUUUAUAUAGCAAAUCGUUUUCCCCAGCAUGGCCAUUAUAUUCCUCAGAAGUUUGCAGACAACAGAAUCAUAUCAUCCAAGUAUACGGUGUGGAAUUUUGUUCCAAAAAACUUAUUUGAACAGUUCAGAAGAGUAGCCAACUUUUAUUUUCUGAUAAUAUUUUUGGUUCAGCUCAUGAUAGAUACCCCUACCAGUCCUAUUACCAGUGGAUUGCCAUUAUUCUUUGUCAUAACUGUGACAGCCAUAAAGCAGGGUUACGAAGACUGGCUACGACAUAAAGCAGACAAUGAAGUAAACGGUGCUCCAGUUUAUGUUGUUCGAAGUGGUGGCCUUGUAAAAACUAGAUCUAAAAACAUUCGGGUGGGAGACAUUGUCAGAGUAGCCAAAGAUGAGACUUUUCCUGUUGAUCUGGUGCUUUUAUCUUCUGAUCGAAUGGACGGUUCGUGCCACGUUACUACCGCAAGUUUGGAUGGCGAAACUAAUCUUAAGACACAUGUUGCGGUCCCAGAAACAGCAGUGUUGCAGUCUGUUGCCAACCUGGACAAACUUGUAGCUGUCAUAGAAUGUCAGCAGCCAGAGGCAGAUCUAUACAGAUUCGUUGGAAGAAUAACUAUAAGUCAACAAAUGGAGGAAAUAGUACGACCUCUGGGGCCUGAAAGUCUCUUACUUCGUGGAGCAAGAUUAAAAAACACUAAAGAAAUAUUUGGUGUUGCAGUGUAUACAGGUAUGGAGACAAAGAUGGCAUUAAAUUACAAGAGUAAAUCUCAGAAACGGUCAGCAGUAGAAAAGUCUAUGAAUUCCUUUUUGAUUAUUUAUCUAAUAAUCCUCCUCUUUGAAGCCAUUUUGAGUACUAUUUUAAAGUAUGCCUGGCAAGCUGAAGAAAAAUGGGAUGAGCCUUGGUAUAAUGAAAAAACAGAGCAUGAAAGGAACAGCAGUAAGAUUCUGAGAUUUAUUUCAGAUUUCCUUGCUUUUCUGGUACUUUACAAUUUUAUUAUACCCAUUUCACUUUAUGUAACUGUUGAGAUGCAGAAAUUUCUUGGAUCUUUUUUUAUUGGCUGGGAUCUUGACCUCUAUCAUGAAGAAACAAAUCAGAGGGCGCAAGUAAAUACUUCAGACCUCAAUGAGGAACUGGGACAGGUAGAGUAUGUGUUUACAGACAAAACUGGUACAUUAACUGAAAAUGAGAUGCAGUUCCGGGAGUGCUCCAUUAAUGGCGUGAAGUACCAGGAGGUCAAUGGUAAACUGACUCCAGAGGGGUUUUCUGAAGAUUCUCCAGAUGGAAAUAGGCAUACUUUGAUGAAAGAGGAAGAACUCUUCUUGAAAGCAGUUUGUCUUUGUCACACAGUACAGAUCAAUGCAGAUCAAACAGAUGGUGGUGAUGGGCCCUGGCAUGCCAAUGGAAUAGCAUCCCCAUUGGAGUAUUACGCUUCUUCACCAGAUGAGAAAGCUUUAGUUGAAGCUGCAAGCCGGGUUGGAGUAGUGUUUAUGGGAACUAGUGGGGACAGUAUGGAAGUAAAAAGUCUUGGAAAACCAGAAAGGUACAAGCUGCUUCAUGUUUUGGAGUUUGAUCCAAAUCGCAGACGAAUGAGCGUCAUUGUAGAGAGUCCCUCAGGGGAAAAGCUUUUAUUCACAAAGGGAGCAGAAUCUUCCAUUCUUCCUCGUAGUAAGAGUGGAGAAAUAGACAAAACAAGGAUGCAUGUUGAUGAAUUUGCUUUGAAAGGACUAAGAACUUUGUGCGUGGCGUACAGAAGGUUCACACCGGCGGAAUACCAAGAAAUUGGCAAACGCCUUCAUGAGGCCAGAACUGCCUUGCAACAACGGGAAGAAAGAUUAGCAGAUGUAUUCAACUUCAUAGAAAAGGAUCUGGAAUUGCUUGGGGCUACUGGAGUAGAAGACAAACUGCAGGAGAAAGUCCAAGAAACUAUAGAAGCACUCAGAUUGGCUGGUAUCAAAGUGUGGGUUCUGACUGGCGAUAAGCAUGAAACAGCUGUUAGUGUGAGUUUAUCAUGUGGACACUUUCAUAGAACCAUGAACAUCCUUGAACUUGUACAGCACAAAUCAGACAGUACAUGCGCAGAGCAGCUGAGGCAGCUCGCCAAGAGAAUAAAGGAAGACCACGUUAUCCAGCAUGGAUUGGUUGUGGAUGGGACCAGCCUCUCUCUUGCACUCAGGGAACAUGAAAAACUGUUCAUGGAAGUUUGUAAAAACUGUUCUGCAGUGUUGUGUUGUCGCAUGGCACCACUUCAGAAAGCAAAGGUAGUGAGACUGUUAAAAACAUCUCCAGAAAAACCUAUAACAUUAGCAAUUGGUGAUGGUGCUAAUGAUGUGAGCAUGAUACAAGAAGCACAUGUUGGCAUAGGAAUCAUGGGCAAGGAAGGAAGACAAGCUGUAAGAAACAGUGACUAUGCAAUAGCACGAUUUAAAUUCCUCUCCAAGUUGCUUUUUGUUCAUGGGCACUUUUACUAUAUUAGAAUAGCAACCCUUGUACAGUACUUUUUUUAUAAGAAUGUGUGCUUUAUUACACCACAAUUUUUAUAUCAGUUCUUCUGUUUGUUUUCACAACAGACACUCUAUGACAGUGUAUACCUGACUUUGUAUAAUAUUUGUUUCACUUCCUUGCCUGUCCUCAUCUACAGUCUUUUUGAACAGCAUGUGCAUCCGCAUGUAUUGCAGAGUAAACCCGUGCUCUAUCGAGACAUCAGUAAAAAUGCUCAUCUUGGGUAUAAACCAUUUCUUUAUUGGACCAUCUUGGGCUUCUUGCAUGCAUUUGUUUUCUUUUAUGGUUCGUAUCUUCUAAUGGGAGAAGACACUUCAUUGCUGGGAAAUGGCCAGAUGUUUGGAAACUGGACAUUUGGUACCUUGGUCUUCACCGUUAUGGUUAUAACUGUUACGAUGAAGAUGGCGCUAGAAACUCACUUCUGGACGUGGAUAAACCAUUUUGUUACUUGGGGUUCCAUUGUGUUUUAUUUCAUAUUCUCCUUAUUUUAUGGGGGAAUUAUCUGGCCAUUUUUACAUACCCAGGAUAUGUACUUUGUAUUUGUUCAACUGUUGUCAAGUGGUUCUGCUUGGUUUGCCAUAAUACUCAUAGUAGUUGCUUGUUUGUUUCUUGAUGUUGUGAAGAAAGUGCUGUACAGGCAUCUACAACCAACAAGUACUGAGAAAGCUCAGCUUACUGAGGCAGGUUCAGGUAUCAACUGCAUGGACUCCAUGUGCUGCUUCUCAGAUGGGGAAACAGCAUGCACAUCUGUUAGAAGAAUGCUGGAACGACUAAUGGGAAGAUGUAGUCCAACCCGGGUCAACAGGUGUGGAAUUUCUCUCAAUAGCCUUUGCUGCAGACGAUUCUCCUAUAAACUGGAACCUGAUGAGCCUGCAGCUAUAGAUGUGUAGCAAACCAGCUGCGGGUUUUCUUUAAGUAGGAAAUGCAACAUUUUAUUGUACUUUAUUCAUCCUAAAAGAUAAGUUUCUUGCUUCUUUUUGAGUGUUUCCUUUUGGGAUCGGGAGGGGGGAAAAACAGUUCUCAAAGAUUUCUGUUAAAAUGUUUAGUUUGACUUAGCGCAAGUUCUUGAGUUGUAUGUGUCUUAAUUUCUCUUGAUUUUUGUACGUUCUUCUCCUUAGAUAAUCAAGCCUCGCUGCUGCUUUUGUUCUCCUGUUUUAUGAUUUUUUUUUUGGCUUCCCGAAUCAGGAUUUGUUUGUAAAAGUCAAAAGACUUUUCCCCGUGGUUUUUGAUGUACAACCUCCAAAUAUUUACCUUGGAGCUUGCAUUACCCCUGAAGAUACACAAAAGGCUCGCACCCCCUCCUUAACUUUAUUGUUAUAAGGAAAGUCUUUAAAUCUUUCAGCCAUUGAUUGAUAUGGAGAUGAAAUAUUUUUGUAGUAUAACUUUUAUAUUCUAUUUCUAAAAUUGGUAAUUGACGGAACAGAGCCAUCAGGUUCUAUGAAUUUUAAACAGGUUUUUUUUUUUUCAGUUCUAGAAGGUAUAUUGUCAAAGUCAUAUGUGCCAUUCCAAAGUAUGUGCUAAACAAAUCUUUUCCUUCACAAGCUACAUGUGAAACAAACCUCAGUGGGAUAAAAGCAUUUUAGAGUAAUCAUACUUUUGAGGAACGAUACUGCUCUUGCAGUGAGCAAAAUUGUGGGGAAAAAAGCUCUUAGUAAAUCUGCUUAUGUGCCAUCUCCCCACCUCAAAACAGAGAGGGCUGUCUGAUAAAUAUGGAAAUAUUUGGGGGUAGAAAUAAUAAUAGUCUCUUGUACAUCGUAAUCUCUCAAUGCCUGAAUGAUAUCAUGCUCCUUCAUUGGUCAAAAGGUAAACCUGAAAGAGCCACGCGUUUUCAAGGAAACUUAUUUUGUGUUUGAACAACUCGGUCACUUUCAGUUAAAGGUGGUGAUAUCAUUCAUCAGCCUGAAAUCUCGUGUGGGUAAUUUCCACUGACAAGCUUUGUCAGUUCUGAUUUUGGUAUUGACUCGUUCCGCAGUACGCCCCUGUUGUGAACUCUUGUGUUGAGCACUGUGUCUGUGACUUCCAUUGGUUUCUCUCAUCUGACCUGCUCGUGAAAUUUAUUCAACGUUUCUACACAUCUAGGGAAUGAUUAUGCAACGUGUUUCAUUCCAUAUGAAAAAUGAACUGUUACGAAUAAAUUUAAUUAAAACUUGCUGUAUAGAAGGCGAGCAUGAUGUAUAAAAUAAACAAUUUAAUAGAAUUUUUAAUCUACCAGAUGAGCAUUUAAUUGGUCUAAAAAUCAACACUGAAUGGUAAUUGCUCUAAGCUCUGGGUUUGUUUGGGUUUGUUUUUCUUUUUUCCAUUUCUUUGCAAAACUGUGCUUUCCAAAUGAGGAGCUUCUCAUGCUGCUGUUUAUAAUCCACUGUUAUCUAAUCAGAAGCAGUGUUUUCGGUUAACAUUUCCUUUAGCCAUGUGUAGUUUUACAAGGUAGGUAUUCUGUUUAAUUUCCUGCAGUGCAUUUACAUCUUGACAGUUUUUCUCUUCUUCCACUCAGUAUGAUUUUCUUUAAGAACUUACUUAAAACUAUUUACUGAAUAUAAAUCAUAUUUGACAGAAUAUUGAUCAGUUUUUGAAGUUUGCUUCUUCUCAAGUUUCUCACCUGUUUACCUCAUCAUUUUCAAAUGAAAUUCCAGUUAGCUCAGUAACUUCAGAACGUUUAUGUUCAUGCAGAACUGUCGUGGUGCAACACUGGGGGCCUGAAGCUCUGUAGCUUUUGCUUCUGCCUCUGAUUGAAAUUACUCUGAACUAUUUUGUAGUGUCACUCAAUUUUCUGUACAGGAGAACUAGAAAGAAGACUCCUUAAAAUUUUAGUCUCGCUUGUGUUCUUGAAUGACUUCAGUUCCAUCCAUACUAUGUAAUUACUUAAAAGCUAGUCUGACAGUCAAGGUACUGCUAAAAGUCACAGCUGUUUACGUUCUUCCCUUACACUUGCCUUAUAAUAAGUAAUAGCACUUGUAUAAUUCUGCUCUAAUCGCAUUCAGCAGUUACAUAUUGAAGAGUGCUGAAGGUGCACUUAGCAAAGCUAUUUGGCAAUACAAAAACGUUUGUAGAACUUAGUCCUGAGCCACUUCCAUUGUACUUAGGAGCUGAUGUUCUCAGAGGAUCGUGCGGUCCCAGGCAGGGCGGUCUCCUGCGAACUCGUGCUCCAUGAAACAGCUCUGCCUUCAGCCAGGAGGUGGCUGCGAGUUGGCUGUAAGCAUGCUGUGGAACGAAGAGCGGUGUUUAAAACAGUGUUGGUGUAGAUAGGUUGUGUUGUAUUUUAUGCUCAUGAUACUCUGUCAAGUAUGAUAACAUGAAAUCGAAUAUGGUAUCAAAACUUCAUAGAAACUUUGAAUCGAAGUUGUACGAAUGCUUGGAGUAGAGGGCUACAGGAAUAUAGUGCUUGCUGCUUGUGAAAUGUAUUCAAGUAUUUUCUAUAGUUUGUUCACAGGUUAGAAUAUGAAACGUGUGCCACGGUGUGAUAAAAUGUAUUUUUGUCUGUCUGUCCCAUUAAAUUGUCUGUCAGUUUGUCAGUCACUAAAAUACUAGGAAUGCUGGAUCACAUUUCAUUCUUGUACAGUAGGAUUCAUUAUGAGCUGUAGGCUCUCCCGUGAGUGGUAGUUGUGUCAAAGCACUGCAUGUAGAAGUUCUGAAGAAACAGCAGAUUUCUGACAGAGGCAAAUUUGGAGGCUAAGUUUGUUAUAUUUGGGUUUCCUGCCUUCCAAUCUUUUAUUUUUCAGCUUUUCACAUUCAGUCCUUUCAUACUGUACGGUUCUGGGCUGAAGUCGCUCUGCAGCAGUAGCAGUAGUAAUCUGUCCAUAAGAGAAAGAUGCUGGGAGAUCAUAUCUGAACGAAAUGUCACAUGGCAGUUAGCUUUCCGACGCCUUAAAUUUUAACUUAACAGUAAGAGUUGGAAUAACCUCCUGGCUGUAGGUAAGGUUUUGCCCACCUGUAACUUUAGACAGCAUUUAACUUCAGAACACCACUAACCUGGCAUACUGUGGCUGGCUGCGUGUACUGCAAGGCUGUACAUGAAUGUCCUUAGGCAAUCAAACUGCAGCGUUCUCAGUGCCUGACCUUACAUGUGCAACAAUGAUAUUUUUGCUUGAGGCACGGUACUAAAAAUCUAGUUGUAAAGCUGACCUAGAAGCCUCUGGUCAUUUCAGCUCAAAGCAGUGAAAAUAUCUGAUUAACUUAACAGUUCCAGGUUUGCUAGAAAUGUAAAUUACAUAGCUGGAUCUACUCAUCGCAGUACACUUUAAAAGGCUAAACUGAAUUGCAGGUGUUUACGUGAAACUAAUAGAUGAGUCUUUAAAAGGGUUACAUGAGCCUAAUCUCAUAACAUUUUUAUCUUUGCUUUCAUAGACCUUUCUCCUCGCCUCUAGCUAUUAAGUUCCCAGUCAGCCAAACUUUUCUUUUAUUGUUACUUUAGAUCAUGGAGUUCAUCGGAUCCCUUCUAUGCCAACGACAGAAGCAUCCUGACUCUCUCCACAAUGGACUCACCCACUUGUUAACAGGGACAUUUGUAAAUACCUUGUGGAAGCCAAGUGGUGCUCACGUACCUAGAGUAGGUUCUGAAGUGAGUUUACAUCCCUGCCCUAGACAGGACUAGUGCGACUUAAAGGCAAACUGGUUGUCUUGUAGCCAAGCGUAACAGUCAUCUGGACUGUACUUGCUUCCAAUAUUUUUUCUAAUGAUAUCUACAAGUUGCUAAGUAAUUUUUUUUUGGUAAGAAAUGCUUUUACCUCUCACCAUUUAAUCUAUUUUGUUACCGUAUUAGCAGAUUGGAACCUUGUAUCUGAUACUUGAGGUGCUGGUAUAGCACAGUGCAAAAAUCUUUCUCUUCCCGAAUCCAAGCGAUGAAACAGAAUUUGCACAAUGAAACAUAAAUGGAACAUAAUAAAAUCAGAUUGUCCUUUACUACAAGCACGCUCAGUUUGAGCUGUCUUUUACAGCUGCCAUCUAUCUUAGCAGUUUGCAGAUCAGUCGUAUUAUUUCCAUGGACGGUUUUCUAUAUUGUUUAAGUACUCAGUAAUUUUUUUUGAGAUAAAUAUAAUUCAAAUAUUUAUGCUGGUGUAUGAGUGGCAGUGUAUUAGCCACACUUUGAAAAAUUGUGUGCAUAUCGGGCAUUUGGAAUCUUGAGGAUUUUUAGAGGCCUCUUCUCUAGAGCUGUGUUUUGUCAGCCAUUCACAAACUUGACUUGGAAAAAUGGGGAAGAAAUUGUGGCUUGUGCAGGCGUCUCGCUAGCAUAAAUUUUUGACUGAGGAAUCCUUUUAACGUUGGUGAAUCUUUGCAUGUUUUAUUCUUUUUCAUGUAUUUAUAUUUGGUCGCGUUGUAUGUUGAAGAUGCGGUUAAUGCUUAAUUAAUUAUCUUCAUAUAUCUCAAGGAUCUGAGACAUUGGUGGCAGUGUUUUGAUACCUAAGUAUGCCAAUAAAAACAAAUUGCACCGAUGCAACUUUGGAUGGUACAUCUUGCAGGUACUUUUUUUUUUUUUUUUCCCCUCUCACCAGUUUAAGUAAAUGCAGCUUCAUGUUUGGGGCAGGGUAGCAGCGUUUGCCUCUUCAUUCUGCCAUGCUGGCCAGCGCUGUCAGGCUUCUUUCUUUAGAUGUGACAGGUAAAAGGGAGGUGCUGUCCCCAGGGACACCUUAGAGCUUUGUCUUAGGUAGACCUCAGCUACAGGCCAGGAAAAAUGCUGCUGCUUCUGGAUGCUUGUUUGGGAAUCCAGUUUGAAGCCAGGCUCUGACUCUGAAGUCCCAUACGAAUCUUCCUGGCAGCCAGAAGGUAAAAAGCGAUGUAUUAAAAUUCUCAGUGGAAGAAACUGUAAAUUGAGCAGACUGUAAAUAGCACCUGUACAUAACACCUGUAAGAACUUGUUAACUGAAGAUGCAAUUCAGCCUGAGAUCUGUACAAAAACAGCAUUAGCUGCUUUCACCCCACCUGCAGGAGUUUCCACUAUUGGCUUAAGUGCUGUUCCCCGAGUAAGUUACAUUCCUUAGUAAUUUCUCAUUCUGAAACAGCCUUCUAACUGCCAUCAAUAUCAAAGAAGUGUUUCACGUAUUCUAACAGAUAUCUGCUGUUUAGCCGGAUCUUUUGUGUCCAAGCCACUGUGUUUCAUUUUUCAGAAUCGUGUGUUUGUCUGUGUCCCCCAUGUCUCCAGGCAGUGCGGUGUGUCUGACUCAUUAGCUCGUCCGUGUGUCUGGUUGGUGCACCAUGAGUGGAAACAGACAGAGUUAAGCACAGUGUCUGAGUCAGAGGGUUUGAUAAAGAACCCCACUCCAAGCAUUUACAUUGGGUCAAGCUCUGUACAUAACUGCAUUUUGCUUUUACCAUAGAAAUAUGUUGAUUAUAUGCGCAGAAGAUGCACUGUCCUUUAUCUGAAAAAUAAUUUACACUCAUUAUAUAUGUUUCUUUAAAACCUUCCAUCUCCUCUUGUCCCUUUUCCCCUACCUUCCCCUUUCCCAGUGUUUGUAAGGUUACCGAAGAAACACGCAUUUAAUCAGUUCAGGAAGAACUUAAGAAUCCAUCUGUCUGCCAAGGUAUACUUUUCUAUUUGCAGUACGACCUGAAUCCCUAAUUUAUCAUUUAAUGAGUGUAGAAUCGGUUUGCACAAGACCAGAAUUCUGGUCUGACAAAUACUUAGGACCAUGGUUGUUCUUUUUGUAUAUAUGUCACGGAUCAUUUAGAAUUGCUUUUGCUCAAAGAAGAAAGAUGAUGUGUAUUUCUUUGACAGUUAAAGUGUAUGGAAUAUUCACUGUGCACUGUGUGUAGUGUAGAAGUCUUCACAAAGAAGACUGCACAUAACACAGCUUAUGCCAUUUAAUGACAGAAGUCGUGGCUCUGAUUUAAGCUGAGGAAGAAUUUAUCACAGGAAGGAAACAAAUAUUAUAGAACUGUGUCUUAGCCUUGGAACCCGUAACCUACGGCAGGAAAGUAGGCAGUCCACUAAAGCAAGUUACCAAUCCUGGGUUUUUUAAAGGGUGCAGUAGAAAAGAAAGAGGGAAUGGGAAGAUGUUCUGAUUUGUUUCACAAACUGGAAUGUAUAUAUUCUGUUUAAAAUAUUCUCUAUAUUUUUUUAAGGCAAUGGGGGAGGGAAUACAAAAAAAAAAAAAGGGAUGCUGAGAACUUUUCGGAAUGAUUUCUUGUUUUCUAGUACAAAAGAUGAUGUGACUCAGAAUGCAUAUUAGGCAACUAUAAUUUCAUACUGGGAACCUUCAGUAAUACUUUCAAACAUUCUGUUUUAUGACUGUAACGUCUAUAUUGGGGAAAAAAAAAGGUCUCAUUUUUUAGUAUUAGAAGUGUCUCAAAGCUGUAGAAGCAGUAGUCUGUAUUAUUUUUAAUAGUUUUAUCUGAUGCUUCCAUACUUCUUCUUAUACUGGUGAAAUUCAGUGUCCAAAAGUACAUAAUCAUGACGUGUUUCUGAACCAUUUAAGACGCCCUUGUUCUUUUGCUCUAGGAAAUAACUUAAUAGCUAUGACACCACCAGCACUGCACCUGCUGCUGCUUUGUUAUACACCACUUCUUUUUUUAAAUGGAGAUGCAUCCCUAGAGCUGGGUGAACCAGUCAUCAUGAAAUAUGGACUAAUUUUAGCCUUUUCUUCUUGUUUCUAAAUUACCUCCUGCUUAGAUUUUGGUUGCUGGCAUUUCUUUUUCUCUGUGACUCUGUAUUGGUGGCUGGUUUGUAUGUUCUUUGCUUCUGUUUGCUUGCAGUGGUAGGACUUCUCUGGUUUCUGCUUUCUGUUUGAAUGACUCAAUUUAAAAACAGGAGGAAAGACGGGACGGGAUGCUCGUGGCUGUAUCACCUAACUCUUGCCCUCGAUCUGCUUAGCCAUGCAUUUGCAGCGGUAUUUGCGAGGCUUCUGCUUCCCCUCGAUUGUUCUGCUGCUCCUAGCCCUGUCAGAACGAGCUGGCUGCUGCCCACGCUGCCGUGGCUUUCAUUAAAAGGAAUGUUCUCAUCACUCUGACGUAUUCGCCUUGCUCUAGGUGUUGCCACGUUACCUUGUUGUUUUACAAUAAGUAUAAAAUUGUCGUUGUAGACAUGACUUCUGUGGUGUUUCUGGUUUGUAUAAAUGCAUGGACAUGAAUAAAAGCUGAUGGGCCGGGGGCGGAAGAUAUCUGUAUGUAACAUGAAGCAGGAAGAGAUGAAACAUACUGCGGAGUACAGCAGUGUGACUUGCACAAACGAAGCCCCGUGUUCCCCUGGAUGGGUCUGGCCUCUAUUUUCCUCUGCACUUCCCCAGGGAGUAGCAUUCUCAUCUUUUCUGCAUUGUGAUGAUGAAUUUAAAACACAUAUGACAUAUAGGACUGUUUUCCUCUCUUGUUGGUGUGGAUUACAGUGAGGUUCACUUUCAAAUACAAAUUGGAUGUCGUAACUGGAGCAAGGAAGAGAUUUUUUUUUAAAUGUCCAGUUAUGUUCCUAUUGUAAUUUUGGUUCUUACACGCACUUACCGUCAUGAGUCAGCUGUGGCCUACUCCUUCCUCCUGGGAGUGGCAUCAAGUUCUCCAUGUUAUUUUAUUUUUUUUUUAAGAAAAAAAACAACAGCUUGAAUGAGAAAAGCAUGUGAGGGUACCUUUUUAACAAAGUCAGAACUUAAUUUUAGACGAUUAAGGAGCACUGGCAACUGGAAACUGUAGCAAUAAUUAGUACAAAGAGUUUUGGACCUGUGACACUGUGGCUGCCUCAUGUUCCUUCUGACGCUGACAGGGAGUCUGUGUGCUUGCGCAUCGUGCAGCUCGGGCAGUAGAAGUUGCUUUAAAAAAUGGUUUAUGGAAAUUAAUUAUAUUUAUUAAAUAAAACUUUCGCUUACA